UCUCUCUGCCCUUCAAACAAAACCAAAAAUUAAAACAUUAAAAUUAUCUUUUAAAAGUUGAGCAUGCAUCUUUGCUCUGACCCAGAAGCCUUGCUCCCUCGGUAGUGGUAGGGGACUGAUGCCCACACCCCCUCAGACAGCAAAGUCAUUUACCAAAACCCGUCAGGCUGCUUGCUUCCCGUCUGAACACGCGCAGUGCAUGUACCUGAAGCUCACUAAAAGCUGGGCAGAGUCAGUGCCCUCUGGAAGCCGGUCUGUUUGGGGUGUCUCCACACAGUACUCCAGCACGGGUCCCAGGAAGGUGCACACCAAAACGACGACUGCCGAGCAGCCGGGCUUCCUGGAGCGGCUGAGCGAGACCUCCGGGGGCAUGUUUGUGGGGCUCACCACCUUCCUGCUCUCCUUCUACCUGAUUUUCACCAACGAGGGGCGCGCCCUGAAGACAGCGACCACAUUAGCAGAGGGGCUGUCGCUUGUGGUCACCCCUGAGAGCAUCCACACUGUGGCGCCGGAGAACGAAGGGAGGCUGGUGCACAUCAUCGGGGCCCUGCGAACGUCCAAGCUGUUGUCUGACCCAAACUAUGGGGUCCACCUUCCGGCUGUGAAGCUGCGGAGGCACGUGGAGAUGUACCAGUGGGUGGAGAGUGAGGAGUCCAGGGAGUAUACCGAGGACGGGCAGGUGAAGAAGGAGACAAGGUAUUCCUACAAUACCGAGUGGAGGUCAGAAAUUGUCAACAGCAAGAACUUUGACCGUGAGAUUGGCCACAAGAAUCCCAGCGCAAUGGCAGUGGAGUCAUUCACAGCAACUGCCCCCUUUGUCCAGAUUGGCAGGUUUUUCCUCUCGGCAGGCCUCAUCGACAAAGUGGACAACUUUAAGCCCCUGAGCCUGGCCAAGCUGGAGGACCCGCAUGUGGACAUCAUCCGCCGAGGAGACUACUUCUACCACAGCGAGAACCCCAAGUACCCAGAGGUGGGAGACCUGCGCGUCUACUUCUCCUACGCAGGACUGAGCAGUGAUGACGCUGACCUAGGCCCUGCCCAUGUGGUCACUGUGAUUGCCCGGCAGCGGGGUGACCAGCUGGUGCCCUACUCCACCAAGUCCGGGGACACCUUGCUGCUGCUGCACCACGGGGACUUCUCCGCAGAGGAGGUGUUUCGUAGAGAACAGAAGAGCAACUCGUUGAAGACAUGGGGCCUGCGGGCCGCUGGCUGGAUGGCCAUGUUCAUGGGCCUCAACCUCAUGACGCGGAUCCUCUACACGCUGGUGGACUGGUUUCCUGUCUUCCGGGACCUGGUCAACAUUGGUCUCAAAGCCUUCGCCUUCUGCUUGGCCACCUCACUGACCCUGCUGACCGUGGCUGCCGGCUGGCUCUUCUACCGGCCUCUGUGGGCCCUUUUCCUUGGCUCCCUGGCCCUGGUGCCCAUCAUCAUAGCCCGGACCCGUGUGCCUACCAAGAAGCUGGAGUGAGGCAGGACAGGCUCUGGCCUGUCUGACCUGCACGGGCCUCGGAACUCAGUCACCCAUCUCCGACCUGGCCCCACGCCAGAACAGGUCUCAGCUUGGUUGCACCCCCAGUCCCUGCAAGGGCCAGCCUCGACAGCUCGGUGCCCAUCGGUUCCCGCCUGCCCAUGCUCUUGCCACUAAGCAGCUUGGGUGGGCGGAGCAGCCUGCAGGUGGCGCCCGACCAAGCAUUCUUCUGCUUUUCACUUUCCUUGGGAUGAGAGGGUGUGGUGGGCACAUGUGCCACUUCCCUCCCCACCUUCCCCUUCCCUUCUGACAAGGGGGUGUGGCAGGUAUGUAUUCGACUUCACUCACUCCACAGUGACCUGUGGGGAGGGCUCAGCAGCUCACCCCACACCUGAGUUCAGGAGCCAAGUCUCUGCCAUAGCUGUGGGCAUCCACUUGCUGCACUGGCCUUUGCAUGUUACCACCAGGCACUCCUGGGCUACCCAGGCAGAGUGGACAUGUGCCCCACACA